AGGACCCAGCAGGAGAUGGCUGCGACGGGUACAGGGCCCAGCGCCCGCGAGAUCUUCGCCACGCUGGAGUACGGACCCGCUCCGGAGAGCCACGCAUGCGCUCUGGCCUGGCUGGACACCCAGGACCGGCACUUGGGCCACUAUGUAAAUGGGAUGUGGUUAAAACCAGAGCACAGGAAUUCAGUGCCUUGCCAGGAUCCCAUCACAGGAGAGAACUUGGCCAGUUGCCUCCAGGCACAGGCUGAGGAUGUGGCUGCAGCCAUGGAGGCAGCCAGGACUGCAUUUGAUAGCUGGAGCCGACUCCCUGGGGCCUCUCGGGCCCAGCACCUGACUAGACUGGCCAAGGUGAUCCAGAAGCACCAGCGGCUGCUGUGGACCCUGGAAUCCCUGGUUACUGGGCGGGCUGUUCGGGAUGUUCGAGAUGGGGAUGUCCAGCUGGCCCAGCAAUUGCUGCACUACCAUGCCGUCCAGGCACAUGCCCAGGAGGAGGCACUGGCAGGCUGGGAGCCCAUGGGAGUAAUUGGCCUCAUCCUGCCACCCACAUUCUGCUUCCUUGAGAUGAUGUGGAGGAUUUGCCCUGCCCUGGCUGUGGGCUGUACUGUGGUGGCCCUUGUGCCCCCAGCCUCCCCAACACCCCUCCUCCUGGCCCAGCUGGCAGGGGAGCUAGGCCAGUUCCCAGGAAUCCUUAAUGUGAUCAGUGGUCCUGCUUCUCUGGGGCCUGUCCUGGCAUCCCAGCCUGGAAUCCAGAAGGUGGCCUUCUGUGGAGCCGUUGAGGAAGGACGUGCCCUUCGGCGGACCCUGGCAGGCCAGUGGGCUGAACUGGGCCUGGCACUGGGGGUGGAGGCGCUGCUGCUGGUGACUGAUUCUGCAGAUGUGGACUCGGCUGUGGAGGGCGUUGUGGAUGCAGCCUGGUCUGAUCACAACCCGGGGGGCCUCAGGCUCCUCAUCCAGGAGUCUGUGUGGAAGGAAACUAUGAGGCGGCUCCAGGCAAGGAUGAGGCAGCUUCGGAGUGGCCGAGGGCUGGAUGGGGCCGUGGACAUGGGUGCCCGAGGGGCUGCCGCGUGUGACCUGGCCCAGCACUAUGUUCGUGAAGCCCAGAGCCAGGGUGCACAGGUGUUCCAGGCUGGUGAUGUGUACCCAGACAGCCCAUUCUACCCCCCAACCUUGGUCUCUGACCUACCCCCAGCCUCCCCAUGUGCCCAGGCAGAGGUGCCAUGGCCUGUGGUUGUGGCCUCCCCUUUCCGUACAGCCAAGGAGGCACUAGCCUUGGCCAAUGGGACACCCCGGGGCGGCAAUGCCAGCGUGUGGAGUGAGAGGCUGGGGCAGGCGCUGGAGCUGGGCUACGGGCUCCAGGUGGGCACAGUCUGGAUCAACAGCCACGGUCUCAGAGACCCUGCAGUACCCACAGGUGGCUGCAAGGAGAGUGGGUCUUCCUGGCAUGGGGGCCCAGAUGGGCUGUAUGAGUACCUGCGGCCCUCGGGGACCCCUGCCCGGCUGUCCUACCUUUCCAGGAACCUGAACUAUGAUACAUUUGGCCUUGUUGUGCCCUCAACCCUGCCUGCUGGGCAUGAAUUAGGGCCCAGCCUACCACUCCCCUAUGGGCUCUUCGUUGGAGGCCGUUUCCAGGCUCCUGGGGCCCGAAGCUCCAGGCCCAUCCAAGAUUCAUUUGGCAACCUCCAUGGCUACGUGGCUGAAGGUGGUGCAAAGGAUAUCCGAGGUGCUGUGGAGGCUGCUCACCAGGCUGCCUCUGGCUGGGUGGGGCAGUCACCAGGAGCCCGCACCACCCUGCUGUGGGCCCUGGCAGCCGCUCUGGAACGCCGGAAGUCCACCCUGGUUUCGAGGCUGGAGAGGCAGGGAGUGGAGCUCGAGACUGCCAAGGCAGAGGUGGAGCUGAGUGUGAGACGACUUCGGGCCUGGGGGGCCCAGGCCCAGGCCCAGGCCCAAGGCCAAACCCUGCAGGUAGCAGGACUGAGAGGCCCUGUGCUUCGCCUGCGGGAGCCGCUGGGUGUGCUGGCUAUUGUGUGCCCAGAUGAGUGGCCCCUGCUCGCCUUUGUGUCCCUGCUGGCCCCUGCCCUGGCCUAUGGCAACACUGUGGUCAUGGUACCCAGCGGGACCUGUCCCCUGCUGGCCCUGGAUGUCUGCCAGGAUAUGGCCACCCUGUUCCCAGCAGGCCUGGUGAACGUGGUGACAGGAGACCAGGACCACCUGACCCGCUGCCUGGCCUUGCACCAGGACAUCCAGGCCCUGUGGUAUUUCGGAUCUGCCCAGGGUUCCCAGUUUGUGGAGUGGGCCUCAGCAGGAAACCUCAAACCUGUGUGGGUGAACAGGGGCUGCCCACAGGCCUGGGAUCAGGAGACUUCAGGGGCAAGCCCAGAGUUGGGGCUGCGGGCAGCACGGACCAAGGCCCUGUGGCUACCCAUGGGGGACUAAUGCCUGUACACCACCCACUCCAUCUUGGAAGGAGGGAAAAUGAAACCCAACAGACACCAGAUGCCUGGAACUUUUCCCUCCUGGCUUCUCAUAUCUUCCAAUAAACUCCUUGACCAACCCUGA